AUAUAGUGAAUGCGGGGUCCUGGGAGACCGGAUAUAGUGAAUGCGGGGUCCGGGGAGACCGGAUAUAGUGAAUGCGGGGUCCGGGGAGACCGGAUAUAGUGAAUGCGGGGUCCGGGGAGAGCGGAUAUAGUGAAUGCGGGGUCCGGGGAGAGCGGAUAUAGUGAAUGCGGGGUCCGGGGAGACCGGAUAUAGUGAAUGCGGGGUCCGGGGAGAGCGGAUAUAGUGAAUGCGGGGUCCUGGAAACCAUUACCAUUGUGAUACAAAGAGUAGACUGGAUGGCAGAGGAGUCCCUAGGGUUGGUGUCACCCGGUGCAGUAACAUGUGGUGUC